AUGCUGGACGAAAAUCUCCCAACCUUCUACUUAAGCAGCAACAAAAAAGAUAAAUCCAACAACAACGUCAACGUCCUAUUCACACAGUAUGGCAACGAGCCUGAGCCUGCAUACUCACUGCGUUGCCUUGAUCCCGCCCAACCCAGUUCCCGAAAUCGCUAUGCCGUCGCUCUCUACGACCCCUACAUCCCCGACGUGCUAUACGGCGAGGUUCUCAUUAUCCCGGAAUGGACUCAGCCAAGCUUAUCGGCGGAGGCAAUUCGCCAGAAUGGCGGCGUAGCUCCUCCGCCUGAACCGAUUCUACCGUCCCAGUUCAUCAUCCAUUUAUACAAUCCCGAUCAAGACGUCGUAGUGCGCCACAAGCCCAAAACUUGGAAUUCGCAACCGUCGUGGGAAUUCGAAAUGCCGCAGCAGUCAUUCAAACAGCCAUCUAGUUCCACGCUGGAUCAAAUACAAACGGGCCCUGCGAUGUCGGACGUGACACCCAAGCUCAAAUUUGUAUGGCGGAAGGACGGCUCGCUGUCUAAAGAUUUUGCUUGCUAUCUGUCGGGAAAGACCACUACUCCAGAUGGUCGGAAGAAAAACAAGGAGCCAGAUAUUACUGUUUCAAUAUUCAAAUCACUUCGAGAAAUUACCCUCUAUGAACCCAAUCUCUAUCGAGUAGAAAUGGAAGACUUCAAGGGUCUAGAGCUUGUGUUGAUGCUAGGAGCCGUUGUGAUUCGGGAUGUGUACUUUACUCCAGUGAAGGAUGCGUUCAAUGUUGUCAGCUCUCCUACAUCUUCAAGAACGAAUGUAACAACAGCGGCAUCUAUAGCUCCAGGCAGUAACCCAACGGCAGCCACACUUGCGAACGGCAAUGCCGCUUCAACCCAGUCACACCAGACUCGGGAUUCCAGACCCACUCCAAGCAGUCAACCCCUCGAUCCGCGCAUGCAGUGGGAAAUUGAUGCAGAGAAUGCCCGACUAAAGCAUCAAGAGGAAGUCAUGCAAAGAGAGCGACGUCGGAAGGCCGAGGAAGAGGAACGCAAAACCAGGAAGUUAAUCGAAGCCGAGCAGAAGGCGCAACGCAAAAAGCAAGCGGAGAUCGACAAAGAAACCGAAAGGCUGAAGAAAGUCUUUGGAAUGGAAGAUCAGAGAACUCGCCAACAGCGACUCAGUCCGAGUCAUCAAGCGCGAUAUUCCCACUACAUGCCGACUCAGCAGCAACAGCGACAGCAAAGUCUGGGACCAUAUAUGCAACCACCAGGCGGGAAUUAUUCUUCUGUCAACUUUCAUCAAUCCCAGCAGCAGUUACGGCCCCAAUCAUCUAUGUCCUUUCAUGCGGCUGCCGGUGCUCAACGGCCCACCGCGUCUGCACCAGAUAUUCCACGACUAAAGGCGAAAAAGAGUAUCUUUGGUUUUCUCAAGCCUUCCGAAGACGGCGAUUCGAGCAAGUUGAAUAAAAAGCGGAGUUCACUGUUCUGA